AAUACACAAUUUGUUACUCAAUUAAAUGGUGGUUUGUCUUUUUUUUAAUACCUUUUUAACUAUUUCCACGAUACGGCAACCAGGGGAGGAAAGUCUCACAAACCAAUGUGCAUCUUCCAAGAGGAAGAAACCCUACAAGCUGUGGACAGAUUUACAGAGACACACCCCCAGGGCUGCCCAGGAGGGAGAGUAAGAUGAGCACCCUGCCAGGAUGGACCUAAGAAUGUCAGCUUUUGUAAAUGGAUAUCAAUUACGAGUGAGAGAUGCAUUUGCGGCAAGGUCUACAACAACCUGCUUGGCCUAAAAAUACAUUGGGCCAAGAUGAAAAUGUAUGGAGCAGGAGGGAGCAACACAGCAUGUAGAAAUCACUCUGGAAGGAACCCAGCCUGGAGUCACCCCACGUUACCCAGGAUCUCCCGUCCCAGUAAAUCAUACUCCAAGCCAAGUAGCAGAUCACCAGAUGUGUCAAGAGCUCCAAUUUCUGAUUAAGUAGUACAGGGGAAUGAAUGAAAACGAGAAACCACCACUUGCCAAGCUCAGUAACAUCCUCAGAAGUAAGUUUAUGCAAAGCAUAGUGACAUGGAAGACGGGGAAAAAGCCAGGAAAUGAGCUGCCUUUAUUGCGAACUCCUAAGGAUUCACCAAGCAGCUGCUGAGACAAAAGUAUUGCAGGCACCUCACGUACUCCAAACAAGAGAUGGAUCUACACCUUUAAAACUCCCUCAGUGACUCAGAGAGCGAACAGAUGAUAGGACACCAUAGUGCCCUCGUAAAUCCUCCUCCUCCUGCAGUUGAGGUCAAUGGCAAGGUGUGACCCAUGGACCACUGCUGCUGGGACACAAGUCAGGGCCUGAUCAAUCCUAGCUGGGUUGCCCGGGCAUGGGUAUCUGAUAUUGAAAAAUUUAGAACACCCAAUGACUCCCAGAUUACAUUACUGAAGCUGUGUCCCAGCGAAUCCUAGGAUGUACCCCAGCAUCGUGAAACUUAAGCUAAUUAGGGAAGCCAUUUAGUUUGGCCCAACUAUACUGGUCCCCAUGUGUCCCAAUUAGUUAGAGUCCACUGUAUAUAUAAAGCUUUAUCCAAAGGCCAUUUUCAGCCUUGUUGUUUACAUUUUUAACCUGCAGUGUUGACCUUUGUUUUACAUUUUAAUGGAAUAGCAACUUUAGUUUCAGUUGGGAUAAAUGGUUUAUUCUCAGACUGGCAGUUGGUGACUAGUGGUGUUCCGCAGGGGUCAGUGUUGGGACCCCAACUCUUUACAAUCUAUAUUAAUGACUUGGAGAAAGGGACUAAGUGCAACAUAUCAAAGUUUGCUGAUGACAGAAAGAUGGGAGGGAGUGUAAUGAGUGCGGAGGACAUUGAAAUCCUGCAGGGAGACAUAGAUAGGCUGAGUGAUUGGGCAGACAUUUGGCAGAUGAAAUAUAAUACUGACAAGUGUGAGGUCUUGCACUUUGGCAGGAAAAAUAAUAGAGCAAGUUAUUAUCUAAACGGAGAGAAACUGGAAAGUGCUUCUGUGCAAAGGGAUCUGGGGGUCCUGGUGCAGGAAACACAAAAAGUUAGUAUGCAAGUGCAGCAGGUGGUCAAGAAGGCCAAUGGAAUGCUGGCUUUUAUUGCUAGGGGGAUGGCGUAUAAGAACAGGGAGGUCUUACUGCAGUUGUACCGGGUAUUGGUGAGACCACACCUGGAGUACUGCGUGCAGUUCUGGUGUCCAUAUUUAAGAAAGGACAUACUGGCUCUCGAGGCAGUGCAGAGAAGGUUCACUAGGUUAAUUCCAGGGAUGGGUGGGUUGAUGUAUGAUGAGAGGUUGAGUAGAUUGGGACUCUACUCAUUGGAGUUCCAAAGAAUGAGAGGCGAUCUUAUUGAAACAUAUAAGAUUGUGAAGGGGCUUGAUCGGGCGGAUGCAGGGAGAAUGUUCCCAAUGAUGGGUGAAACUAGGACUAGGGGGCAUAAUCUUAAAAUAAGGGGAUGCCAUUCCAGGACUGAGAUGAGGAGAAAUUUCUUCACUCAGAGGGUAGUGGGGCUGUGGAAUUUACUGCUCCAGAGCUGUGGAAGCUACUACACUCAAUAAAUUCAAAAUGGAGAUAGACAUUUUCCUGGAUAAAAAUGGCAUUAGGGGAUACGGUGAGCGAGCAGGUAAAUGGACAUAUGGCUAGGUUUAGAUCAGCCAUGUGAUCUCCUGGACCAGUUUUCGAUAGCCUGGAUGGGUCGGAGAGGAGUUUUCCAGAUUUUUUCUCCUCAAUUGGCAAAUCAGUUUUUUUUCCCCCGGGUGAUCACAUGGGUUUGGGCGGGAUGAAUAAUAAAAUAAAAUGGGCGGCAUGGUACCCUGUUGGUUGGCACUGUUGCCUUGUGGGAUUCGGUGAAAACUAGAGUUAAGAUUGGAUCAGCCAUGAUCUUGUUGAAUGGCGGAGCAGGCUUGAGGGGCCGAUUGGCCUACUCCUGCUCCUAUCUCUUAUGUUCUUAUCUUCAACGUACACUUCAUCCUGUAUUCGGUGAAAAUUCAGUAUGUCAUCAAGCUUUUCUGUCUUGACUCCUAUUGUUGGAAUAAUCUCUGACCAUUGAAUUGUAUUUCAUGUUUAAUGUAAAAUCUUUGAAUCGAACAGAGCCCUUCACUGAAGUGAGGUUUUCUCUUUUGUUUUCCUGUGAUCCCUUCUAAAUGGUUUCUUCAUGUCUAUGGUGAUACCUAGAGUUGGAGUAGUAUGUUACAGAGUAAUUUCAUAACAUUGAUUCAGCAGUGUUGCAUGUUUAUUUUUAUUUGCAUUGGAGCAUUUAAAAUUGUUACCAGGGAAGAAUUUGACAUUACAGUCUCUUAUUAAACAAAAGAAAGCCUAAGAUGCUUAUAAAUCUAUAUCAAGGUAUGGAAAAAUAACUUUACUGUUUUAUCUGUACACAUCUCCUACACCACCUAUCAGCUGUUGAUUUAAUGUCGUCUGAUUGUCAACAGUUUUUUUUCAGAAAGGCAAACAUUCCUUUGUUUUGUAUAGUUAUGCAACCAUGGGAUAAGACUGAGGUUUGGGUAGAAAAUUUAUGUACAAAUCUUGCCUGCCUGAUUGCUUAGUCCAUAUGUCAAAAAGUUAAGAUCUUUGUUUACCCCAAGGGUUUUGAUAAGUUGGGUGAUUUGAGGCGGUAGCAAGUUCCUGUGGUGUCAGUCUUUGGUGGCUAGAAACAGAAGCUUUGACUGAUGCAAAGUUUUAAAAAAUAAUCCAGUUGGAUUUUAAAAAUGCAAUAUUACAGAGCAGCUUGAUGUUGAUAUGAAAGUCACUCAGUGACUCUGGUGAGCAAAGGAGAUCCACGAACUGCAGAUUGUAUGGUUUGUUUGAAAAACUGUAUUAGUUUUAUGAAAAGAGAAUAUCGUAUCAACAUUAACUUCCUUUUAACAACUUGUGAUAUUUCCACAUUAGUUCUUCAUUAUACCUGCCACAGAAAAUUGUCUAAUAAAUAGAUGAAGGAUAAUCCGAAGAGCUUCUACAGGUAUUUUAAGGGCAAAAAGAUAGUAAGGGAUAAAAUUGGUCCUCUUGAAGAUCAGAGUGGUUAGCUAUGUAUGGAAUCAAAAGAAAUGGGAGAGAUAUUAAAUGAGUUUUUUGUGUCUGUAUUUACUAAGGAAACUGGCAUGGAGUCAAUGAAAAUAAGGCAAACAAAUAGUGAGGUCAUGGAACCUAUAAUGAUUACAGAGGAGGAGGUGCUUGCUAUCUUGAGGCAAUUCAGAGUAGAUAAAUCCCCAGGACCUGACAGGGUAUUCCCUUGGACCUCGAAGGAGACUAGUGAUGAAAUUGCAGGGGCCCUGGCAGAUAUAUUUUAAAUGACGGUAUCCACGGGUGAGGUGCUGGAGGAUUGGAGGAUCGCUGAUGUUGUUCUGUUGUUUAAAAAUGGCCCUAAAAGUAAUCCGAAAAUUAUGGGCCAGUAAAUUUGACAUCAGUAGUAGGUAAAUUAUUGGAAGGAGUACUAAGAGAUAGGAUCUAUAAGUAUUUGGAUAGACAGUGAUUUAUUAGGGAGAGUCAACAUGGCUUUGUGCAUGGUAGAUCAAGUUUAACAAAUCUAUUAGAGUUUUUGAGGAGAUUACCAGGAAAGUGGAUGAAGGGAAGGCAGUGUAUGUUGUCUACAUAGACUUCAGUAAGGCUUUUGUCAAGGUCCCACAUGGGAGGUUAGUUAGGAAGAUUCAGUCACUAGGUAUAAAUGGUGAGGUAGUAAAUUGGAUUAGAUAUUGGCUCAAUGGGAGAAGUCAGAGUGUGGUAGUGGAGGAUUGCUUCUCUGAGUGGAGGCCUGUGACUAGUGGUGUGCACAGAGAUCAGUGCUGGGUCCAUUGUUAUUUGUCAUCUAUAUCUAUGAUCUGGAUGAUAAUGUGGCAAAUUGGAUCAGCAAAUUUGCUGAUGAUACAGAGAUUGGAGGUGUAGUGGACAGUGAGGAAGGUUUUCAAAGCUUGCAGAGGGAUUUGGACCAGCUGGAAAAAUGGGCUGAAAAAUGGCAGAUGGAGUUUAAUGCAGACAAGUGUGAGGUAUUGUAUUUUGGAAGGACAAACCAAAGUAGAACAUGCAAGGUAAAUGGUAGGGCACUGAGGAGUGCAGUAGAACAGAGGGAUCUGGGAAUACAGAUACAAAAUUCCCUCAAAGUGGCAUCACAGGUAGAUAGGGUUGUAAAGAGAGCUUUUGGUACAUUGUUCUUUAUAAAUCAAAGCAUUGAGUAUAAGAGUUGGAAUGUUAUGGCGAGGUUGUAUAAGGCAUUGGUGAGGCCGAAUUUGGAGUACUGUGUGCAGUUUUGGUCACCUAAUUACAGGAAGUAUAUUAAUAAGGUUGAAAAAGUGCAGAGAAGGUUUACAAGGAUGUUACUGGGACUUGAGAAACUGAGUUACAGAGAAAGUUUGUUUAGGUUAGGACUUUAUUCCCUGGAGCAUUGGAGAAUGAGGGGAGAUGUGAUAGAGGUGUAUAAAAUUAUGAUGGGUAUAGAUAGAGUGAAUGCAAGCAGGCUUUUUCCACUGAGGUUAGGGGAGAGAAAAACCAGAGGACGUCGGUUAAGGGUGAAGGGAGAAAUGUUCAAAGGGAACAUUGGGGGGGGGGGGGCUUCUUCACACGGAGAGUGGUGGGAGUGUGGAAUGAGCUGCCAGAUGAAGUGAAAAAUGUGGGCUCACUUGUAACAUUUAAGAAAAACUUGGACAGGUACAUGGAUGAGAGAUGUAUGGAGGGAUAUGGUCCAGGUGCAGGUCAGUGGGACUAGGCAGAAAAAUGGUUCGGCACAGCCAAGAAGGGCCAACAGGCCUGUUUCUGUGCUGUAAUGUUCUAUGGUUCCUUGAAAGUAUCCUUUUUAAUGUUAUAAUUUUCAGCAAAAUCAACAGAUUUCAUGAUCUAUGCCAGUGAUAUUAAAGCUGAUUCUGAUCAUUUUUAGUAACUGUUUAUCUUUUCAAGUGGCCCAGAGAACAAACAGGUAAGUGUGGAACUUAACUCCUCCAAUUGUGAAUUAUUGCUCUUCUUGUUAACCUAAUGAAAUUUCAAUUUAAAUGGUACUUUGUUAACCUUUAUCUCUUUGCUUUUGUCUCUAAUUUUUGGUAGCAGGCACCUGGUUUUUGUAUCUGCGGUAUUUGCUUGCAUUAAUGAUAACCCCAGGAAGUUACUAGUGAGCCUUAGCUAAGAUUAUGCUGUAGAAUGUUAGACCAUUUCCUGGUUCUUGGGAUCUUGAAUGUUUUUUUCACUAUUUAUCAGCUCAUACUUAAAACACUGUUGAAAUCUUCAUUAUCUGAGUAACAAAUGAAUCAAAAUGUUGUUCAAUCAUAGCUUGUAUCCCUAGGGAAAAUCCCUAUUAAAACUGCUGAGGAUGGUUCAGCCAUGGAAAACUGUGAGGAAUUCCUUCAAAACUGCAUCCUUCCAGCAAAGAAGAAAUGGCCUUGUUGUUGUGCACAGUUCAAAAAUCAUUGGGCUACACUGUUCAAGCAUGGAUCUGCAUGUCGGCCAAAUUGCUGUUAUUAAACAUGGAUCCAGAUUGAAGGAAUGCGAUCUCUACUUCUCGAGGAAACCAUGCUCUACCUGCUUAAAGAUGGUUUUAAAUGCUGGAGUCAGUCGAGUUUCAUAUUGGCCUGGAGACCCAGAAAUAAGUCUGGCUGAGGACAAGGUUAUGAAUAAUUGCUACUCGGAUGCAAAGUUAGAUGCUAAAGCUGUGGAAAGACUCAAGUCCAAUAGUCGAGCUCGUGUCUGCACCUUGCUUCAACCUCUGGCUUACAAUAUGCUUCAAUUCGUAGAAGAAACUUCAAGAAAGUGUGAGUUCUUCCAAAUCAUGAAUGCCAAGGACUCUGAUUUUAAACACACGGACAGUUUUACUGAAUGCAGAAGAAAUAGAUUGCGGGAAUUUGAGAAAUUAUUUUUGAUUGCUGAUAGUGACACCCACAAAGAAAUCUUAAAGACUGUUGGCUUAGAGAAUGUGUGUGAUGAUGUUCAUUUUAUUAAUUUGAGGCAUAAAAUGGAGGAGCUUGUUUAUCUAUUAGCAACCAUCGACUGUAGCGUUCCAAUGUCUGGAAUAUUUAUUUCUGAUGAUAGUGCAUCCGAAGAGCACACAAGCAAUGACUUUCAAAAUUUUGCAAGGCACUGCAUGGUUCAAGCCAGGUUACUGGCAUAUCGGACAGAGGAUCAAAAGAUUGGUGUUGGGGCAGUGAUCUGGGCAGAAGGAAAGUCAAGUAAUUGUGAUGCAACAGGAGCAAGGUAUCUGAUUGGAUGUGGUUAUAACGCCUAUCCAACAGGGUCUGAAUAUGCAGACUUCCCUCAGAUGGAUGAAAAGCAGCAGAAAGACAGAGAAGCCAGGAAGUUUCGGUACAUUGUACAUGCUGAACAAAAUGCUUUAACUUUCCGAUGUCAGGAUAUAAAAGAAGAUGAGAAAACCAUGAUAUUUGUUACCAAAUGCCCAUGUGAUGAAUGUAUACCCUUAAUAAAUAGCGCUGGUAUCAAACAGAUAUAUACAGGUGACCUCGAUGCUGGGAAAGUAAAAGCUGAUAUAUCCUAUCAGAAAUUCUCUGGUCUACAAGGAGUGAAGAAGUUUACAUGGCAGAAAAAUCCAGCCCACAGUAUUUUAGAAUCAGGUGUCCAAACUGUUCACAUGAAAAGUGGACCAAACAAGCCGCCCAUAUUCGAGAGCAGCAUUGCCUCAAAAAUUGUGAAUGCAUACACAAUGAGAUCAAGCUCUGAACCAGAGCUGCAUUGCAAGUCCUCAGUACAGGGACACUCUCCAAGUAUAGAGGAUCCCCAUUCUCCCUUGGCCAAAGGUGAUCUGAAGAGGCCUCGGAUAGCUCUUCAGCCAGAGCCCCAAAUGGACGAGCUAUUAAACUUGGAGCACAGCGAGCCUGCUUUCAAACGGAGGUUGGUGGAACAUCAGUGCUACCUCCAGAGUCUUGUGACCUCAUUAGCUACUGUAAUGAAUGAUGUGGUCUGUGGGAUGGAAAAGAUCAAGUCAAGUCUGAAUACUUCCAUGUCUGAUGUCCACAGUGUACUAGACCGUCAUCUGAGUGCAUUGCAGUCCAGCAGAGAGUCAGUGUCAUCUCAGACAGCUUUUACACAGGGUAUGAGCUGCAUUGGGGCAGCACUUCAGACAGCCCUUAGUGCUUCUCUAUCUGACAUGAGCUCUAAAGUGCAAGAAGGUCUACAGAUAGGAUUUGAAAGCCUUGGAGAAAAAAUACAUUCAGCUAUAAGGGCGGGAUUUGCUGAUUUGAUAAAAGAACAUGCCGCUGCUCACCAAUGCCUAUGUAGAAGCCAGGGUGGAGAAAUUUCAUCCACCAGAGGGGUCAGUAGCCCUUCACAGGAGGAGGGAAUUCUUAACAGUGGCCUGUCUCUUUCAUCAUCCCAUCCCAGUCAGCUUUCAUCUGGUUCCUUGCUGGAAGGCAAUAGUCCCUCUACAGUGAUUCUAGCACCUGGAAGUAGGAAUCUAGAGAAUCUGUAAUAAGGAAGGAAGUAAAGAUUUCACAUGAGGAAUAACUAGGACACCUGAGAACACUAUUGAAUUAAAUAAAGUAGACAUGAGGCACCUGGAAUAUAAUUCUGCAGAAGAAAGUGUUCUUAACCAUAUUGUUGUGUGGAAUUAACCACAAACCAAUUAAUCAAACUGUAUUCUAUUUAUAAUAUAACAAUGAUUAAACUAAUAUAACAUUUAUUAAUGGUCCUUUUAUAUUACAGUAGCUUUCCUAGAAGCUUCUAGGGUGACUACUUACUGCUUCAUCUCCAGCCUCUAUCAAAAAUCAAACUACUGUUGGAACUCAAUGGGCCAGGCAGCAUCUGUGGACAUAGAGGGAUGAGACUCCAGUUCUGAUGCCUGUGUUCUCCAGCAGAUUGCUUGUCCCUCCUUAUUACAUCAUCUGCAGUCACUUGUAUCGACAAGGAAAUCAUCAGUUCUCUUGUAGCUGUGGGACUCAGCAAGUCCUUACUCCACACACUUUCACAAUUUCCUAGUCUAAUUAGCACAUUCAGAUUUUUGCAUUUAAUCUGUCCCUCAGUACAAUUCUUCACAAUGGUCACAUCUGAUCACAAGAUGCGAGUACUUACUUCAAUACUUUAGGGUUAGCGUCUUCACCUGUGCAGAACUUCCAAAUGUCUACGUAUCCUGGUAAAUCUAUGUAGUGUUCAAACAAAACCAUCUCUUUCUAUGUUUUAUUCAGUUAAGGAACAACAGCAGUGUUGACACAAGGAAUUUCCAACUAUAAUCAAUUUUAAUUACUGGCUUAAAAAUAGUCUCUGAAGUCCCUACUAUGCUGUGGCUGUGCUUGACUAUUUAGCCAUGGAAGGCUGUGCAGGUUUAGUGUAGUUGAGUAUGGCAGUUGGUGCAGACAUAGAUAUAGGUCCUUCAAUGCAUUGUGCUUUAUGAUCUUAUGACUCUGAAACAACUGAGUAAAUUUAAUGAACAGACUGGACCACUUCUCAAGAAAAAGAGGCUGAAAGGUAAUCUAUUAGAUUUUGACAAAAUGUUUCUGCCUGAGGUGAGGGUGGCAGAAUGUAACAAAGGACAUUGUUAUUAGAUGGGUACCCAAGAUUCCAUUGGGGAAUUUAGAAGAAAUUUCAUUAUGCAAGUGUGGUGAUGACGUGGAACUUUUACCUGAAGAGAGUAGUCAAGGUGAAUAGUAUACAGUGGAUGUACUUAAGAGGUGCCUGGACAAACACGUGACUGAGAAAGGAAAUGACAGAUGCACUAAUAGAUUUAGAUGAGGAAAAAUGGGUAGCAAUUUUGCCAGCAUGUUCUUAUUGGAUUGAAUGUCCUGAUCUGUCACAUAUACAGUAUUCUCUAUUUUUAAAAAUCUUUUAAUACUGCAUUGUAUCCCAACUUCAAGUUAGACAUAUAUUUUUUGCAAGUGGUAAUCCAAUUAAACGGUACUUGAAUUUAAAAGGGAGCUAGAAAACUAUUUCCUCCGUUAAGGGAGUUUAGAAUUAUAUAUUAAAAAAAAGUACUUCUUCACACAACUCCAGAAGUUGCCUUGCUUCUCUCAAAAGCUGAACUUAUCAAUUGAAAUUUAUUUUCAUUAAGCUAAAGCGAUUAAAGAAUAUAGAACCAAGGAUUUAGAUGGAGUUGAGGUACAGAUUAGCCAUGAGCUCACACAUUUUCUGUGAUUAUAAGGUUAUUAGCAGUUUCACUGCAUGAGCUGCAAAUUGAUUCAUGUCAAAACACUAAGCAUUUCUCAGCAAAUCUGUUUCCAUCAUUUAAGUCCAAAGUGAUAAAUCCAAAUCAUCAAAUUGGUGUUUUUGUAGACUGUGGCUUAUCUUUGUUAUAACUUCUGAAUCUGUUUAAUGUUUCUCAAAUAAUGCUUUCUUCAAGAUCUCUUUUAAUUUCCUUGUGCUCUGUAGCAGUCUCCUUAAGCAUGCUUUAUGCUUUAUUAAAAUUUAUUUUGUCAGCUAUAAAAAAAAAUCAAAGAGUGCACUUUCUAUGUUACUAAUUAAUCUUGCAUGAUAUUGCACAACGGGGAGAGGAAUCAACCCUUGAAGAGUUUGUUUCCAAAGAAUGUGAUAAUAUAUCUUAAAAUAACAGAUGCUACUACUAAGAGUUUUUAAAUAAGUGAAUAAAAUGGAGAAUUUAAAU